GCUAACCUGAUAUUUAUUUACGUUGUCAUCUAUUUAGCAUUACACCAUCUUUAUGCAAUUAGUGGCCAAGGACACAAGUAUUUGUGGUCUUUCAAAUGUAUUUUAUACAUUUCAGAGGCUUUGGCCACAAUGGACAACUGCAAUCCUGAAUAACUGGUUAUUUAGUCACGCAGUCUACUGACUGAGAAUGCUUUUUCUCGAAAUUCACAAUCGCGCAGUUGAGGAACUUUUGUUGGUGAGGUUCGAAAACGCCCUUCAAGGGUAGGUCGUUUGGCUUUGAUUACUCAUUAAUCUAAUCGCCAGCUUGAAGCAUGAAAAAUUUGACCACACGGUUUCCGAUUUUGACGGCGCCGUUUAUCGACUGCACACUGUGCCCAAUGAUCGGUCGAAAAUCAUGGUCAGCAUUUAUUUGCAUUUUUCUCGAGAGUUACAGGCUUUUGGAGCCACUGAGCUUCUCCAGAGAGAAUACGGCCCACAUUUUUGCGCGGAGUCCGAACAAGGCUUCACUGUAUCUCUAGUCUACGAUCUCAACCACCUGUCGGGGGACAGUCAGUAUUUUUCCAACUUGGCUCGCCAAGCUUCUCUUUUGAAAAGGAACUGUUUUGCUGCCAUCUUCGAGCGAUUUGUUGAAUUCCACUCGCUGGGAGAAGAAGCUGUUGGUUCUAAGCGCGCUGUUCUUCAUUACCGCCCGGACGAGACGCUUUACAUACAGGCUCAAGGUGAUCGUGUCACGGUGAUUUUUAGCACUGUUUUCAAAGAACCUGAUGAUGUGAUAAUUGGCAAGGUAUUUCUUCAGGAACUGACAGAAGUACGGAGGCGAAUAGACCGAGCUCCCCAAGUGCUAUAUUCCCAAAGCACUCCACCUGCCGAACUUCAGGGGACAGACGCAGUCGUAGGGGACAAUGUGGCGUACAUAACCUUUGUGUUGUUCCCACGACAUCUGACUCCGGAGGCAGCACCUCGUACAACAAACUUGAUCCACACGUUACGCAACUACUUACACUAUCACAUCAAGUGUUCCAAAGGCUAUAUUCACCGACGAAUGCGGGCCAAAACCCACGAGUUCAUCAAAAUCCUCAACCGUGCUCAUCCGCAGUACGCCACACUGCCUGUGGUCAAUGUUGGUCCUGCACCAGCGAGGCUUUCGUACAACGCCAGCUACUUCAGUCUGUACAGUCAGGACGAUUCGGUGAUUGAUGCAAACGGGAUUUGCAACCAUGAUUCGAAACAUCCAGAUUCAGACUUCCCUGAACCACCUACCGAAUUUGGCUUUGUGAACGGGUACAACUGAGCUAACCCGUGGCUAGUCAUUAUCGCCUUGUCAUUGCCACUUACUGUCCUGUAUUCCCCUGUAUACUUUGUGGGGAAUAUACGCGACUUGCGUACAUUCAUCAUUAGUUGUGUGAUUGCAUCUGUGAGCAUUUAUGGUCCAUCCUGGUCUGCAUUUCAUUUUGGUUCUUUUGGAACUGCCUGGCUAGGCAUGAAUGAUAUUUUUGUUUUCUACCAUUUUUGGGACCUGGGACGCAUUCUCACUACUGACAUGUUCUACUUGGCCUUAUAUAACUAUGCAUUUGUUCCUUCAUAUAUGAACAACACUUUGAUACUGCUUCUAGGCAGAAAGUUG